UGAGGUGAGGCUAAGAUGAGCAUAACCAGUGAUGAGGUGAACUUUCUGGUUUAUCGGUAUCUCCAGGAGUCAGGUUUUUCUCACUCGGCUUUCACGUUUGGGAUCGAGAGCCACAUCAGCCAGUCCAACAUCAAUGGGACACUAGUGCCACCAGCUGCCCUCAUCUCCAUUCUCCAGAAGGGACUGCAGUAUGUAGAGGCUGAGAUCAGCAUCAACGAGGAUGGCACAGUGUUCGACAGCUGCCCUAUAGAGUCCCUGUCCCUGAUAGAUGCUGUGAUUCCUGACGUGGUACAGAUGCGGCAGCAGGCAUUUGGAGAGAAGCUCACUCAGCAGCAAGCCAGUGCGGCAGCCACAGAGGCAUCAGCAAUGGCAAAGGCGGCAACCAUGACCCCAGCUGCUAUUUCCCAGCAAAAUCCUCCAAAGAACUGAGAGGCCACAGUGAACGGGGAAGAGAAUGGAGCACAUGAAAUCAAUAAUCACUGAAAGCCAAUGGAAAUAGAUGGGGAUGUUGAGAUUCCACCCAACAAAGCCACAGUCCUUCGGGGCCACGAGUCUGAGGUGUUCAUUUGUGCCUGGAACCCUGUCAGUGAUUUGCUAGCCUCCGGAUCCGGAGACUCAACUGCAAGGAUAUGGAACCUGAAUGAGAAUAGCAACGGGGGCUCCACCCAGCUCGUGUUGAGACAUUGUAUACGAGAAGGGGGGCACGACGUCCCAAGUAAUAAAGAUGUCACCUCACUGGACUGGAACAGUGAUGGAACACUAUUGGCUACGGGUUCAUAUGAUGGUUUCACAAGAAUAUGGACAAAAAAUGGUAACCUGGCCAGCACCUUAUGCCAACAUAAAGGCCCCAUCUUCGCUCUGAAAUGGAACAAAAAGGGGAAUUACAUUUUGAGUGCUGGUGUAGACAAAACAACAAUAAUUUGGGACGCUCACACAGGAGAAGCCAAACAGCAGUUUACUUUUCAUUCAGCCCCCGCCCUUGAUGUGGACUGGCAGAACAACAUGACCUUUGCCUCCUGUAGCACAGACAUGUGCAUCCAUGUGUGCAGGCUCAGCUGUGACCACCCAGUCAAAACCUUCCAAGGACACACAAACGAGGUCAAUGCCAUCAAAUGGGAUCCUUCUGGAAUGUUGCUGGCGUCCUGCUCGGAUGACAUGACAUUGAAGAUCUGGAGUAUGAAGCAGGAUGCAUGCGUCCACGAUCUUCAGGCUCACAGCAAAGAGAUCUACACCAUCAAGUGGAGCCCCACCGGGCCUGCCACCAGCAACCCAAACUCCAGCAUCAUGUUGGCAAGUGCUUCAUUUGAUUCUACAGUGUGACUGUGGGAUGUGGAGCAAGUUGUCUGCACCCACACACUCAUGAAGCAUCAAGAGCCUGUCUACAGCGUAGCUUUCAGCCCCGAUGGAAAGUACUUGGCUAGUGGAUCCUUUGACAAGUGUGUUCAUAUCUGGAAUACUCAGAGUGGAAGUCUCGUCCACAGCUACCAAGGCACUGGCGGUAUCUUCGAGGUGUGCUGGAACGCCCGAGGAGAUAAAGUGGGCGCCAGCGCAUCUGAUGGCUCUGUGUGUGUUCUGGAUCUGCGAAAGUAAACACAAAAUAUAGAAAAAAAGAAAAGAAUUCUAAUGACCUGCCUUGAAUGCAUGGGGUUGCAGCUCUGUUCAAACACAAUUCUAUCAGCUCCAAAAUUUGUGAACUUGACUUGUGUUACAGUAUAUUCUGAAACCAACUUCUCCCAGGCCACAGGAGUGUAUAUUUUUUCAUAAUCUUUAUCAAGAAGUUUGUUGUUUUUUUUUGAGUUGGAGUUUUGCUCUUGUUGCCCAGACUAGAGUGCAGUGGUGUGAUCUUGGCUCAGUGCAUCUUCUGCCUCUUGGGUUCAAGUGAUUCUCCUGCCUCAGCCUCCCAAGUAGCUGGGAUUACAGGCUUGCGGACAUGACGCCCAGCUAAUUUUGUAUUUUUAGUAGAGACGGGGUUUUACCAUGUUGGUUAGGCUGGUCUCGAACUCCUGACCUCAGGUGAUCCACCUGCCUUGGCCUGCCAAAAUGUGGGAUUACAGGUGUGAGCCACCAUGCCUGGCCUCAAGAAGUUUUAAAAAGCAAACAAAAACAGAAGCAAAUGAACAGUCCUAUUAAACGGGGAGAGAAUGGUUUCCACCGAGGACAUUUAGCCCAGGAAGCAGCAAGUCAGCAGCUCGAGGUGAUGGAAGAGGCUCUGUGAUGGCUGGUCAGAAAGAAAUUUUAAAAGUUGUGCCAAAAAAAGAGAAGCAAAUGCUUCUGAUCAAACAGGGAAUUAAAAAAAAACAACAACAACACCAGCCCUCUUCCUUGGGGUGUUUUCUGGUUUGUUUUCCUUAACAAUCUGGACAGCGCCAUUGCUCUCCCAAAGGAUGUGCAAAGACCAGUUUGUAUACCAAUAAGAUGUGCAAGUUUGUAAUCCCAACACUUCUGUUUUCCAGCAUCUUCUUUGUUGGCUGGUUUUUCUAUCAGUUGGAAUUCUGUCAUCUGGGGCCUUCUUAUAUCUGAGAUGGAAACUGUUUUGCGUUUCCUGUCUUUUUCCUCUGUUGCUCCCUGCCCCCCUUCCACCUUUCGAUGAGGUCUGGUUUUUCAGUGCACCCUCAAGAGAUGCAGCCACAUGGACGUGAAGACAAAAUCUCCAAUGGACAGCUUUCCCCCUUCUGCCCUCUCCCAUCCUGCCCUUCCCUUGCUCUCUCACGCUAUCUCUCUCUCCCCCUUCCUCUCUCCCCCUUCCCUCCUUCCCUCUGUACCUUUCUCAUGGUUGCUUCAGAUCUUAGGUGUCAAGGACACACUGGUGCAUAAUAAGUGCUUUAUGUAGAAGGUAGGACAGGGGACAUUUUAACAGAAGAAAAAGAAUGACUUAUAAGAGAAAAGAGCCUGGAAUACUUUUAGGAAAAAAAAAUUCAUGUUAAAGUGAUUUUAAAAUCCUAAAAUGGCCAUCAGACAGAAAGAGCUUUGUUUGAUUUAUGUUUUAAAAAGAACUGAAGAAGCCACAGUUGGGGCUUGAAGGAUUCCCUGGCUUUCCCCUCAGCCUCAGGAAAGGUGGUCGGAAAACUCCAGGUGGACAAGGGUUACCCCUAGGGGUCAGCAGUGAGAUUGCUCUGUAGCCAGUGAGGGAGGUCCCAGCCAUGCCAGUUGGAAGAAGAACCUUGCAUCUUUCAGUGUGUGCAUACUUUGGCAGCUGUCAGGAAAGCAGUGAAGGACCACAUGCUCUCUAGCCUCAAGGGAGUGUUGGCAGAACAAAAAGGUACUGCAGAAGCCCUAGAAACUGACAGCUUGGCUGGAUUUGGCCUGUUGGCUACAUCUUUGCCACAGCCAUGUUAUGAGUGAUGAUCAUUUCUCCAAGAGCUGGCUUGGCUAGUAAUUGCAGAGGCUCCUGCAUGUCACUUGGUCUAACGAUGACAAAAAUGAAUGUGGAAGGAAGAUUUUAGUCCUUGAAGGGAAAUAUUGACUUAGAACGACACUAACACUUUCUGCCGUCUUUAUAAUUUCUUUCUCUCAUCAAGAUUAGGACAUAUAUAUAUAUAUAUUUUUUUUUUUUUUUUAAUGAAUCUUCGUACUUUUUUUUAAAGAAAAUUAAAAAUGGUGUUCCUUGAAGGGCUUCAUUUCAUUGUAUCAGGUGACAUUUGUCCUCUUAUUGUCAUAACCCAACACUGACUUAUUUUUUUAAUUAGCAAGGGGGAAAAGGUAUCAAAGACAAAGGCCUCUUCUCCCAUUUGUUUUUCCUAUGGGCAGAAGAAGGGCUGAGGAAGUUAGCCUGGCCUGUGGGGGCUGCUGCUUCACUGGCAGUGUUGCAGUCUGCUGUGUGUGUUCCAGGAGUGAGACAGGGUGUUAUUGUGAGGGUGGUGUCCAUCUGCAGAGCCAAAAAUCAGACAUCAGGGAAGGGCCAGGGCUUCCUAUGGAACUUGGAAUUCACCACAACCCCUACAAAAGCCAGAGUCUGUUGAUCAUUCUAGAUCAUUGAUUGGCCUUUGCUUGGAUAUGUGAAUUAUUCAAGCCUUAGAAGACCAAAAUAUCUGGUUCCGAGGUGAGUAUCUUAUUUGGGCUGUAUUUCCAAAACAGUUAGCAAAGCAGGCCACAGUGAUGUAGUGGUUUCACAACACCCAUCUUUGAAGGAGCUAGUAUCCACAGAUGAGGUGAUGAUUUCCCCUCCUGGGGACUCAUUGGGGUUAGGGUAUGAUUUGUCAAGGACCAAAUGACACCGUCUUUAUGCCUCCCAAAUAAAAAUACAUCCAUCUCUGCAGAGCAUCAGCUGUCAGAGGUCAGCCUGUCAUCAGGACAUGACUUAGGCUUGACAAACCAGAAACAACUCUGCGAUAGUAAUGGUGGGAUGUGUUGCAAGCGAUUCACUAGACAAUCUUCACAUGAAGGUCAGUAGCCAGGGUCUCUUCCAAGGAUUGGCUUUAGUCUGGAUGAAUUGUUAGGUAGAAGCCUGGUUUGGGAGGCCUUGGACCCCAGGCUCCAUCACUGGCUUCUCUAGCCUGAGGCCAGAGAGGUCCUUCCUGUGGCUGCAUGCAGGACCAAGCGUGAGAAUGCAGCUAGCAUCUUCCACAUCUACCCCAGUUCUCAUCAGAACAACACCAUGGACAGCUGUUUCCAGAGCCUCCAGUGUUUGCACAUCACUCCUCACCCUGUGUGCUGCUCGAAUGUUAGUAGAGCCAUCCCUGUAACCAAGGAAUGGCCUGAGCGGAAUGCUAUUGUUCAAUGUUGUUUACAGCUCUUAAAACACAGUGAGGAAUGCCUAAGUCAUAGAGACCAAAUUUGACCUUGAAGGCAGACAUGACACACCUUGUCCAAGGGGGACCAAAAGGGUAGGACAUUACAGGCUGAAACCCUCUGACCCCUCAUGACAAUGUAGGACAUGACUUUUGUCUUCUUAAGAAAUAGGUCAUGGAGCCAAGUGAAGUGCACUUUGUCAAAUGUAAGGGUCUGCUUGUUACUCAUUUUCUGUUUGUUAACCUUUUUUUCCAUCAUUUAACAAAAACCAAUCUUAUAUUUCUUGUCAAAUGCAGAAAUGUUCAUUCUGGCAAUCAGUGAAGUUGUGCAUUGUGUGUCAGAUAUACAGCCGGACAUGUUCUCUGUCCACAUUUUUCAGAUUCUGUUCAGAUGACAUCAACCCAUUUCACUCCCCCCACCAUCUCACCCUUACACCCUUUGGGAAAAGAAAAUCACCUUGUGUGCUGUAGCUCAUUUGUUUCAAGACAGAAUCAACAGAUCAUAUUUGGCAUCAUGAAUAAAUUGCUCUAUUUUGAUACCGAAGAA